AUGCGGUCGGUUCUCAGUCGCCCCAUCGCUUCGCUUCGAAAUUCGCUUCGUCGCGGUGGCGAGUGGCACGCACCAACCCCUGAACAGAUGCGAGGAGCCCAGAACAACUGGCUUUACAUGCACUUCUUCUCCGAGCGUGGUUGGUUCCCCGCUGAGUCGAACACAACAUACGAAACCGAGCUUGCCCGGAUCUCCAAAGAACUCGGUUGGGAUGCUGAACAUGCUCAUCUCCCCGCUGCUGAUUUUACUCUCGAAGAACGACGAUACUGGGCCUGGAAUGACCGAUUCUGGACCAUUUCAAUUGGCUUUGCUCUUGGCCUCUUUCCUUUUAUGACCGAUUACCUUGGAAACCAAAGUGAACAUUCCCGACGGGAAGCAAUUCUGCGCAUCCGAGAAGCCGCUGCUGCCGGCAAAUCCCCCAUCGACCCCGACUACGUUCCCAAUGAGCUCAUCGAAUCCAUGGUCCCACCAGCCGGCGACUGGGAAAAGAUCUGGCUCAGCCGACAGCCCUCCACCAUGUCUAGAGGAUCUGCCAAGUGGUGCUGGUAA